AUGAAGUGUAAGCGUGUUUAUCCAAAUAAUAUUUGUAGAGCACAUACAUUUUACUGUGCAGCCGCCUAUGUUGUUCGUAAUUCGACGGUAGCUAGAAAAUUAAUUAACUGGUCUAACACACAAACACCGCAAGUAGCUGAUUUAUUUUGGCGUCCAUAUAUAAGCAAUGAUGCACUUAUAGCAUAUGCUGCAUAUCCAAAUCAUAUUGCUAUGCAAGACAGAAGCAGAUUCGGUAGUGAUAUUCUACAAUCAGGACCUAUUAAUGUUGUAAACCUUCGAAAUUCAUUAUCGAAAAUAUUACAAGCCCAAGCUGAUGAUCAAUUUCAUCCACAAUAUCAUUUGUUGCCACCAAGCAAUUGGCUCAACGAUCCCAAUGGUCCUGUAUACUACAAUGGUUAUUAUCAUAUGUUCUUUCAAUAUGAUCCUGAUUCACCAGUAGGAAGAAUAAAAUAUUGGGGUCAUUGCUACAGUAAGGACAUGGUUCAUUGGGUACGUUUGCCAAUUGCUAUUGCACCUGACCAAAAAUACGACAUUAAUGGUAUCUGGACUGGUAGUAUAUCUAUUGUUGACGGGGUUCCUAUUAUUAUUUAUACUGGCAUCAAUGAAAGUAAUUCACAAGUACAAUGUCAAGCUCGUCCAGCUAACAUUACAGAUCCGACAUUGACUAAAUGGAUUAAAGAACCAUCGAAUCCGCUUAUCACUAGUCCGAGUGGACGUGAUCCAUCGACAGCCUUUCAAGAUGAUCAAAAUAAUUACUAUUUGAUUUAUGGAUUUGGUUCUGAUGAAUUAGGUGGUCAAGCAGUCUUAUUUACAUCAAGAGAUUUUGUGAAUUGGACGUACUUACAUCCAAUUCAUAGUAACCAUUACGAUACUUUUUGGGAAUGUCCAGAUAUUUUCAAUGUUUCUAAUCGACUUGUAAUGAAAGCAUCUUUGCGUGGACAAGACUUUUGGGCUGUUGGUGAACUCGAUUCUAUAGAAAAAAUUUUCCACCCUCUUGCUGGAGAUCUUGGUGAAUAUACACAGCUAGUCGAUCAAGGAAAGUUCUAUGCAUCUAAAUCAUUCUAUGAUCCAAUUCAUGAUCAACAAGUAAUCGUAGGAUGGAUAGCUGAAGAUGAUGAUCAAGGUGAAAAACGAGGUUGGCAAGGUAUGCAUUCUCUACCACGAUCUAUAUUUCUUUCGGACGAUGGAUUGCAUCUUCGAUCACGUCCCGUAGAAGCAUUGCAAAGUUUACGAAUUGAAGAAAGUCAUCGGUACUUUCAUAAUAUCAUUUUACCAUCAGUUAUACCAUUCGAAUUGGUGCCUGAUGUUAGUGGAAAUCAAAUCGAAGUGAUGAUCAAUUGGCAGUUUCCAAGAGAUCAGGAUUUAGACUUCGGAUUGAGUGUCCUUGCAACAUCGGAUGGUAGUCAACGAACAAGCAUCGGGUUGAUGACAAGAGUCAAUACAGAUUUUAUGCCUAGUUGGGAUGUACCUGGAUAUGACUAUUUUAGUGUACCUGGGAUAAUAGAUUCAGUAAAUUGUCGAUAUGCUUGCGAUCAGGAUGUUAAAUGUCGUUCAUGGACAUUUGACAGCAGUGUAAAACAGCGAGGUAAAAACCAUCCACAACUUGUCUGGGUCUACAUCAAUCGAACUUUAUCACAGAAAAAUCCUGGCGCAUCAAGAACUGCACUUAGUGGUACUAUCUGGCUCGAGUCUGAAUCAUUGAACAAUCAAUGGUUUCUGCAAUUGAAUAUUUUCAUUGAUCAUUCAGUAAUCGAAGUGUUUGAACCACAAGGCGGUUGUUUAGCAAUCGCAACACGUGUCUAUCCAGAAGAAAGCACAGCUGAAAAUUUGGCAGUUUAUGUCAAUAAUGGUCCGACCACGAAUCAGAAUCUUAUUAUUGAUACAUUCGACAUUUGGACUCUGAAUGGUAUUUGGACAUGA